CUUCCCAACUCUCUAACUUCCCUCAACAUUAUACUUCCAACUACCAUUUCUUCUCCCCCUCUCACCACAAAGGAACAAGAAUAUCUACAUUCUUGAUAUAUAUAUACUCGUGGAUUCUUGUGUGUAUUCUUAGUUUGUUUGAUCAAAAUGAGGGAUAGAAUGGAAAAAUUUGUACUUCUUCCAUUUUCUGUUGGUUGCAUCUCUGAAUCAAGUGUUGCAAUUGGUCAACAAUAUCAUCAUAAAAGAUCAAGCCCUCAUGAAUCCAACUUAACUCCCACAAGGAGCCAAGAAGGAAAAGAUGAGGAGGAGGAACAAGAAGAAGGAGAGGAUGAUGACAGAAUUUCAAGUUUGAAGAGUCCUAAUUUAAGCCUUAUGUCACUUCCCAAGUUUCAGAGGCUUUUCAAGAAUUUCAAGAACUUGUCCCACUUAUUUGUGGAUAAGGAUGAAAUGGAGGAUGAGGAGAUGAUGGGGAUGGAAAUAGGAGUUCCAACAGAUGUGAAGCAUGUGACUCACAUAGGAAUAGAUGGUGCCUCUACUUCGAUCCUUUCUAGGAGUUGGGAACAUCUCAAAACCCCUGAUUUCCUUACUCUCUCUUCUUAAUUAACAUUAUUAUAUAUUCUGAUUUUCCACUGUCAAAUGACUCAAUUUGCAAGAAGGAAAUGUUAAGUGUCUUUAAUUAGUGUCAAAAUGUAUGUAUAAGGCUUUGGGAUUAUUCCAAAAACUUUGUUGUUUGUACAAUGAUGGCUUCUUAAUUGCCUUCUUGUUUGUGAGGUGUGGGUAAAACAUCCAAAUGAGAUCUACUCUCUCCGUCCCAAUUUAUGUGAAGGUGUUUGGAUUUCGAGAGUCAAA